CCAUAUUAACAUAGCAUUGGGUCAAAUGCUGUUUGCCGUGUUUCAUACCGAUUGUUAUUUGUAAACGGUUCGUGGCACACUGAUUUUGACUACGGAAUGCUACGCUUACCUGAUUAAGACGGUGAUCACGGCGGGUGUGACAGGUCGACAGGGGAUGUUUAUUCCUCCAAGACACCUGAUCACACCUCUCGUAUGUCCUGGUGUCCGUGUUUGCCCAACUCUCUAUUUUGUAUUCCUUGUGGGAGUUUGAGUUUGAUCACUGUUCGUUUUCUUUCGCCUUUCAUGUGUCUUCUGUUUUUAGUUCUGAUUUUAUGUAUAUUUACAAUCUACAUAUAUUUUUUUCUGAGUAAUUCUUUGUCUUUUUUUCCUAUUCCGACAAUCAAAUCACCACCCGAAAGGUAUAAACUGUCACGCCCACACAAUUUAGCGCGCAAACAUUUUAUUAUAAGUUUACACAGAAAUCAAAGAAACUGUUCUCAGAUUAUUUUAGGUCUUUUUUUUAUUACCUCCCCCCCCUCCUCCGCAUCAACCCUUCUCACUGCUUCGUGUCUUCGGCUCCAUAUAUGCGCCCCCUCUCCCCCUAAAUGCGAAUUCUGGAUCCACCCCUCUUGUCAAUAUGUCUUAUCAACCACUUAAUCAUCGUAUCUUCGACUCAUGGAAAACAGGAAAAAAUUAAAUGAUCUAAAACAAUAUCAACGAAACUUAUCAGCAUACCAGGAAAAAUUCUUCUCUUUUACUUCCUUAUCAACUUUGAAUCAUGGAGAUGAUUAUUAUAGGAAUCAUCAUUAUAUUGACGAUUCUGAAUGAUGCAGUUAUUUGGAGGCGUCCAGUUUUUAUUGGUGGAAGAGAGAACCCGGAUACAAUGUACCUGGGAAGAGACCACCGACCUUCCGAAAGUAAACUGGGAAACUUUCUCACUUACCGGCGCGAGCGGGAUUCGAACCCGAGCCGACAGAGUUUCAGUAGUCUCUACACCUGUGUGUAAAAUGGACCCCUUCACCAAUGAUGUAGGAAACAGAGGACUGGUCUGGAACUGCAGUAGAGGUUCAUUGGAUGUCAUUCCUAACAUUCCAUCUACUGGAAAUUUCACAGGCAUCAUUGGAUUAGACAUAUCGUUCAACAAAUUUCGGAGGAUCUCUAAAUCAACUUUUUUGAACACCACAAGGGUAACAGAAAUCACGUCUUUAUAUCUUGAUGGGAACGAAAUAAUUGUAAUUGAAUCUGAAGCAUUUUCUUACUUAACAGCACUGGAAAUUCUUCACAUAUCCAACUGUAGUCUUUCUAAAUUUACUCUAAGAAACAGCUCAUUUUCCAGAAUGGAAAACCUAAAAUUACUGGAAAUCCUAAACAACGACUUUGUGUAUGCUGGAUAUCCAUCCAGAGAGUUGUCACGGUUGACGUCUUUGCAGACAUUGUCGAUAAGUGUGUUCAAAAGGUUUUCUUUCGAUGAGAAUUUUACAUUACUCCGCAACCUCCAAACAGUUCUUCUAUAUUCUCAGAAUUCGGGAAUCCGCUUGACAAACGAAUCUUUCAUGGGCUUGAGAUUUUCGCCAAUCACUAGUCUGUACAUUUUUAUCCGUCAAUACGGGACCAACUGCGAUAUAUCAGACAACGUGCUGCAAUGGUUUCAUGUCGUCCGAGUGCUGAAUAUGAGAAUAUCUUCUGCAUGCAACGUUACUCGAGUUUUAAGAUCAUUAAAGGCAUUGGAGGGUCAUACAAUGGAUUAUUUUAUAGCUACGUACAACGUUCAGGAAUUUGGAGAUCCUGUUGUAUUAGAUGAAUGGGCCGUUGGUCCAAUGUUAAACAUGUGUAUUAAAACAGUUAAUCUUGCACAUAACAAUAUCGGAAGUCUCGCUGUAGACGUGAAAGGGACACUGUUUGAAAAAUGCAUUCGGGACCUAGAUUUGUCCAACAAUGUGUGGGGAAGUUUUCAUAUCUCUUUUGUAAGAUUCUUGACAUCAUCGAAUCUAAAACAAUUUAAUCUUGAAGGUGCCUGGUAUUUGAGUGAUUCAUUUAAUUUUCAAAUCCAACGAUUUCUGGCCCCAAAUGUCACAGUGUAUUUGGCUAAAUCGCUUGAAAAAAUCAAUUUUUCGCACAAUAAAUUUCACCCAGUGUUAUUAGACCAUCAUAAAAUGGAAAUAACUUUGGCAGCAAAUGGUUUGAAAGAACUCAUCUUACACCAUUCUAACAUAGAGGGAACAAUAUUUACGAAAUUUCAGUGUCCAAAUCUUGUACUCCUGAAUAUAUCUUUUAUGUUGCUUGAAUCUGACCACUAUAUGUUUUCUUGCGAGCUCUUCUGUUCAUUAAAACAUUUAGAAACAUUAGAUGCCACAAAAGCAUCACUAAACAGAAUACUGAACCACAAUGCUGAUUGUUUUCGGGGUCUCAAGAAUUUGAAAUCUCUAAAUAUAUCUUCCAAUGAACUCACAUUUCUGCAUCCAGAAAUAUUUAGAGAACAAAUAAAUACUCUAGAAACAUUGAAUUUAGACUACAAUCUGUUGGAAGUCAUUCCGCAGGCAGUAUUAUACAUGAGAUUUCUUUCCCAGUUCUCUUUGCGUUUUAACAAAAUCAAAACAAUAUCGAAGACGGACUAUAAUUUAAUUUUAAAUCACUUCAGUGAUAAGUCUAUUGCAAUCGAAGGGAACCCACUGUUCUGUAGUUGUAAGUAUGAGCAGUCUAUAAAGUUUAUUCGACUUAUUGAAAGGAAAUUUGAUGAUAUAGUAAUAUUAAAUUGUAGUGAAUUUGACGGGAAACCCCCACCAAAUUUACAUAGAUUGUUUGAAUUUAGUAACUGGAGGGCGUAUCAGCUGUCUUGUGUUGCAACAUUUUGGUUAGAAUUUUCAAGUGUGCUUGUCUGUGUUGCCAUAUCAAUCACAAUAUCCGUCGUACUUGUUUGUAAAUAUAGGAUAUUUCUGGAAUAUAUCAGCCUUCGUUUAAGACUUCGACUCCGAGGUAAGAAAUACGAGACGGAAAAGAAACAUUACGAAUACGAUGUCUUUAUCUGUUACUCGGCCUAUGAUCAAAACUGGGUCAUCACAGAACUUUAUCAAAACCUCACAAACUCGGAUAUGAAAGUAUGUCUGGAUGAGAAAAAUUUUAUACCUGGACGCCUCAUUGCAGAAGAAAUUGUAAGAUGCAUUGAUGAAAGUCGCAAAAUAUUGUUCGUUAUUACAAGAAACUUUCUACAAAGUAAGUGGGCUGGAUAUGAAGUGCAAAUGGCUAUCACACAUGCAUUUCAUAAUCAUGUGGAGUCAAAGAUAGUUGUUCUUCUUAAGGAUAAAAUACCUCUAGGAGAUAUGCCUGAGCAACUAAAACGCAUUUGGUGGAAAAUCGUGUGUUCAAAAUGGCCGAUGACGGGUAUGGAUAGAGAUGAGCGAUUAUUUUGGGAGACUUUGAAUCUUUCAAUAUCAAAUGAUGUGUAUUAGUAAUUUCCUAAGCAAUAUGUGCAUGUAAUUACACUUGUCGUUUUUUUGUUUUAGUUCACCUGAGCUGAAAGCUCAAGUGAGCUUUUUUGAUCGCCUGUUGUCCGUCGUCUGUCCGUAAACUUUUCACAUUUUCAACUUCUUCUCCAGAACCACUAAACCAAUUUCAACCAAACUUGGCGAAACGCAUCCUUGGGUGAAGGGCUUUCAAGUUUGUUCAAAUGAAGGGCCAUGCUCCGUUCAAAGGGUAGAUAAUCACAAAAAUAGGGUGGGGUCAUUUAAAGAUCUUUUCCUAAAAAAGCACGGGGCCAGAAGAGCUGACAUUUACAUGAAAACUUCCUGACAUAGUAGAAAUUCAAGUUUAUUAAAACCAUGAUACCCGGGGGUAGGGUGGUGCCAUAAUAGGGGAUCAAAGUUUUACAUACAAAUAUAUAGAGAAAAUCUUUUUUAAAAUUAUCAAGAACCACUGGGCCAGAAGAGCUGAAAUUUACUUGAAAACACCUGGCAAAGUUCAGAUUUAAGUUUGUGAAAAUCAUUACCCCUGGGAUAGGAUGGGGCCACUAUAGGGAUAAAAGUUUUGCAUACAAAUAUAUAGGAAAAAUCUUUUUCUUUUCUAUUUUAAUUUCUCAAGAACCACUGGGCUUGGAAAGGACAAAUUUAUAUGGAAGCUUUCUGAUAUAGUGCAGAUUCAAGUUUUUUAAAAUCAUGACCCCGGGAGUAGGAUGGAGCCACAAUAAGGCAUCAAAGUUUUACAUACAAAUAUAUAGAGAAAAUCUUCUCAAGAACCUGACAUAGUAAAGAUUCAAGUUUGUUCAAAUUAUGGCCCCCGGGAGUAAGACGAACCCACAAUAGGGGAUCAAAGUUUUACAUACGAAUAUAUUGGGGAAAUAUUUGUAAAUCUUCUCAAGAACUACUGCGCUAGGAAAGUACAAAUUCUGGCAUAGUGCAAAUUCAAGUUUGUUGAAAUCAUGCCCCUGGGGUAGGAUUGGGCCACA